GGCUGGGCACGAUUGCAUUGUGGGGAGAGAGGCUGGGGCUCUGGGCUCUUCAGGGACACACUCCUGGCACCGCCAGCUGCUCCUUGGCCCCUGCGGUGACCCAGCCAGGACAAUGCCCCCCACAGCCCCCCGAGCCCUGUCACCACUGUCCCUGGGCUGCUGAGCCGGUUGUCCUCCAGGUUCCUAGCAUGGCUCUCCGGCCACCACUGGGCGCCCACCUCCUGGUCGCUCUCCUGCUGCUUGGUGUGCCGCCGCCCCUGGCACGGGCCCAUCGCUUCUUCGCGCCCAACACCACCUUGAACCGCUUGGCGCUGGCGCCGGGGGGCACGCUGUAUGUGGGGGCGGUGAACCGCCUGUUCCAGCUAGGCGCCGAGCUGCAGCUGCAGGCCGAGGCCGUGACGGGGCCCGUCGUCGACAGUCCCGACUGUGUGCCUUUCCGAGAGCUGGCAGAGUGCCCGCAGGCGCGGCUCACCGACAACCCCACACAGCUGCUGCUAGUGAUCAGCGGUGCCCAGGAGCUGGUGGCCUGUGGACAGGUGCGGCAGGGUGUGUGUGAGAAACGGCGCCUGGGAGACGUGGCCACCGUGCUGUACCAGGCCGAGGACCCUGGUGAUGGCCAGUUCGUAGCUGCCAACAGCCCCGGUGUGACCACAGUGGGUCUGGUGGUGGCUGCACAGGGCCGGGACCUCCUGCUGGUGGCCCGAGGCCUGGCGGGCAAGCUGUCAGGGGGAGUGCCGCCCUUGACAGUGCGCCAGCUGACAGGCCCGCAGCCCUUCUCCAGUGAAGGCCUGGGCCGCCUGGUGGUGGGCGACUUCUCUGACUACAACAUCAGUUACGUGGCCGCCUUGGCUGAUGCCCACGCUGCCUACUUCAUCUUCCGGCGCCGUGGGGCCCGGGCGCAGGUGGAAUACCGCUCGUACGUGGCACGUGUCUGCCUGGGGGACCCCAACCUCUACUCCUAUGUGGAGGUACCCCUCAACUGCCGGGGCCAGGGUCUCAUCCAGGCGGCCUUCCUGGCCCCAGGCAUGCUGCUGGGGGCAUUCGCCGCCAGCCUGCCGGGGACCCAGGCGGCACUGUGUGCCUUCCCCCUGGCCGAGCUGGACGCACACAUGGAGCGGGCCCGGCGCCUCUGCUACACCACAGCUGGCCGGGGCCCCAGCGGUGAGGAGGAGGCGGCUGUGGAAUACGGCGUCACGUCGCGUUGCGUCACCCUGCCCGAGGACUCCCCGGAGUCAUACCCCUGUGGCGAUGAGCACACCCCCAGCCCCAUCGCGGGCCGCCAUCCCCUGGAGGCAGAGCCGGUGCUGCAGCUGGACCAGCCCAUCAGCGCAGUGGCAGCCCUUCAGGUGGACGGCUACACCAUCGUCUUCUUGGGGGAUACCCAAGGCCAGCUGCAUAAGGCCUUCCUCAAUGGCUCCGAAGCCCAGGUGUACCAUUCCCAGCAAGUGGGGCCUCCGGGCUCGGCCAUCAGCCCCGACCUGCUUCUGGACGCCAAUGGCCACCACCUCUAUGUGCUGACUGCCCAGCAGGUAGAUCGCAUCCCGGUGGCCGCCUGCCCCCGUUUCGCCAACUGUACCAGCUGCCUGCAGGCCCAGGACCCACUCUGCGGCUGGUGUGUCCUCCAGGGCAGGUGCACCCGCAAAGAGCAGUGCAGGCGGGCCACAGAGCCCAAGCAGUGGCUGUGGAGCCGGGAGCAGGAGGGCGGCUGCCCGCACAUCCGGGGCCUCCAGCCAGCACACCGCCCCCGCCAGGAGCAGGGCCAGAUCACCUUUUUUGUGGCCCAGCUGCCUGUACUGGUGGCUGAUGAGUAUUUCCACUGUGCCUUCGGAGACUACGAAAGCCUCGCGCACGUAGAAGGGUCUCAUGUGGCCUGCCUUGCCCCUCCGCCGGACCAGCUGCCACCCAAUGCUGCAGACGCAGACCAUGUCACAUUGCCCCUGGCCCUGAUGUUUGAGGAUGUAGCCGUGGCCACCACCAAUUUCUCCUUCUACGACUGCAGUGCUGUGGCAGCAUUGGAGGCCGCUGCCCCGUGCCGGGCGUGUGUGGGCAGCAUAUGGCGCUGCCACUGGUGCCCCCAGAGCAGCCGUUGUACAUCUGGGGAGCAGUGCCCAGAGGUGGAGGUGACCAUAUACAGCUCUCAAGAGGCGGAUGUCCCACUGCAGGGCCCUGCGGCUUGCCCGCAGGUGGAGGGCCUGGCAGGGCCGCUUCUAGUACCUGUGGGUUGGGAGAACCGUUUGGCCCUACGCGUGCGAAACCUUCGACUCUUCCGAGGCCUGCCAGCACCCUACCACUGCUGGCUGCAACUGCCCGGGGAACUGCGGCGACUGCCUGCCUCCCUGGAGGAAGGGCCUGGGGACACGGGCGUCAUCUUCUGCCAGGCCCAGCAGCUCCACCCCUUCAUGGCCCAGAGGGAGCUCCUGGUGCCCAUCUAUGUGACCCGGGGCGAGGGCCAGCGGCUGGACAAUGCUCACAGUCUUCAUGUGACCCUGUAUGACUGCUCCGUGGGCCGCCCCGACUGCAGUCACUGCCAGGCGGCGCCCUCAAGCCUGGGCUGCCAGUGGUGCAGCCACGGCAUCCCCGCCUGCCGCUACGGGCCCCUGUGUCCUCCUGAGGCCGUGGAGCUCCUUUGCCCCCAGCCCAGCAUCUACAUGGUGGAGCCCCUGACAGGCCCCCCAGAGGGUGGCUUGGCCCUGACCAUCCUGGGCUCUGACCUGGGCCGGGCCUUCACUGACGUGCAGGAUGCAGUGAGUGUGGCCGGCCGGCCCUGCAGCCCUGAUGCCUCUCUUUACCGCACCUCUGCACGGAUAGUGUGUGUCACAUCCCCUGCUCCCAAUGGCACUGCAGGACCCGUCCUCGUGGCCAUUCCCAGCCGACCCCCGAGCAUCUCCACCCAGCACUUCACCUACCAGGACCCCAUCCUGCUGAGCCUGAGCCCCCAACGGGGUCCCCGGGCAGGGGGCACCCAGCUCACCAUCCAUGGCCGCCACCUCCAGACAGGUGGCAACAUUAGUGCCUUCGUGGGCAGCCAACCCUGUCCUGUCCAGGAGCCAGUGUGCCCUGAGGCCAUUGUGUGCCGCACCAUGCCCCAGGCCACCCCGGGAGCAGCUGAGGUGCGUGUGACCUUUGGCCAUGCCCAGCGGACGUUACCCGCCAGCCCCUUCCACUACACUGAGGACCCACAGCUGACUGCAGCUGAGCCUAGCGUUAGCUUCCAGGGGGGUGGGCGACUGAUCCGAGUCAGGGGCACAGGUCUGGACGUGGUGCGGCGGCCACUGCUGUCGGUGACACUGGAGGCUAAGGAGCAGGUGCCAGCUGAAGGGGCCAGGCCCCGGGGCCCCAACCUGAGCCGGAGCUGUGCAGGCCCCACCGAGCCACCCCCCGCUUGUGUUGAGCUGGAUGGGGGGCAGCUGCAGUGCUCCACCGCCUGCUCUGUCAACUCGUCCAGCCUCCUCCUGUGCCACAGCCCCGCGGUGCCCGAUGGCACACGCCCCCUGCAGGUCUUCUUCACUCUGGACAACAUGCACGUGGACUUCGCCAACGCCAGUGGGGGCCAGGCCUUCCUGUACCAGCCCAAUCCCCGCCUGGCCCCCCUCAGCCGUGAGGGGCCUUUCCGUCCCUACCGCCUCAAGCCUGGCAACGUCCUGGACGUGGAGGGUGAGGGCCUCAAUCUGGGCAUCAGCAAGGAGGAGGUCCGCGUGCACAUCGGGGAUGGAGAGUGCCUGGUGAAGACCCUGACACUCACCCACCUGUACUGCGAGCCCCCUGCGCGUGUCCCGCAGCCUGCUAAUGGAUCGGGUGCGCUGCUGCAGUUCGUGGUGCAGAUGGGCAACGUGCGGCUGGCCCUGGGCCCUGUGCAGUACGAGGUGGAACCGGCAGGGCCUGCCUUUCCCAUUGCGGCGCAAGUGGGCCUGGGCCUGGGCGCUGCAGUCCUGAUCGCGGCAGUUCUCCUGCUCACCCUCAUGUAUAGGCACAAGAGCAGGCAGGCCCUGCGGGACUACCAGAAAGUCCUGGUGCAGCUGGAGAACCUGGAGAUUGGCGUGGGAGACCAGUGCCGCAAGGAGUUCACAGACCUCAUGACAGAGAUGUUGGACCUCAGCAGUGAUCUGGAGGCCAGUGGGAUCCCCUUCCUGGACUAUCGCACCUACGCUGAACGUGCCUUUUUCCCCGGCCAUGGUGCCUGCGCGCUGCAGCCCUUGGCCGAGGGGCCGGGGCCGGAGGGCCGCCGUGCCCCCGCGCACCAGGGCCUGACACAGCUCUCCAACCUGCUCAACAGCAAGCUCUUCCUCCUCACACUCAUCCACACUCUGGAGAAGCAGCCCAGCUUUUCCCAGCGCGACCGCUGCCACGUGGCUUCGUUGCUGUCCCUGGCGCUGCAUGGCAAGCUGGAAUACCUGACCGACAUCAUGAGGACGCUGCUCGGGGACCUAGCUGCCCAGUGUGUGCGCAAGAACCCCAAACUCAUGCUGCGCAGGACGGAGACCAUGGUGGAGAAACUGCUGACCAACUGGCUGUCCAUCUGUCUUUACGCCUUCCUAAAGGAGGUAGCCGGUGAGCCCCUGUACCUGCUCCUCCGGGCCAUCCAGUACCAGGUGGACAAGGGCCCAGUGGAUGCCGUGACGGGGAAGGCCAAGCGAACCCUGAAUGACAGCCGCCUGCUGCGGGAGGAUGUGGACUUCCGACCACUGACGCUGGUGGUGCUGGCGGGACCUGGUCCUGCGGGAAGUAGCACAACCCAGCGUGUGCCCACCCGGGUGCUUGACACAGACACCAUUACCCAGGUCAAGGAGAAGGUGCUGGAGCAGGUCUACAAGGGCACCCCAUUCUCACAGAGGCCCUCGGUGCAUGCCCUUGACCUGGAGUGGCGCUCAGGAGUGGCGGGUCACUUGACCCUUUCGGACGAGGACCUGACUUCCGUGACCCAGAACCACUGGAAGAGGCUCAACACUCUGCAGCACUACAAGGUCCCGGAUGGAGCCACUGUGCGGCUCAUCCCCCAGAUGCACAACGGAGGCACUGUGUCUCAGAGCCCGGCCCCCAGCUGCUUGGCAGGGGAGAGCACGCCCAUGCUGGAGGAGGGCGAGGAGGGCGGGAUGCGUGUCUGGCACCUGGUCAAGGCCCCCGAAGAGCCCGAAGGGGCCAGGGCCCGGCGCAGUAGUCUGCGAGAGCGGGAGCGGGAGCGUGCGCGGGCCAAGGCCAUCCCGGAAAUCUACCUCACCCGCCUGCUAUCCAUGAAGGGCACGCUGCAGAAGUUUGUCGACGACACAUUCCAGGCCAUCCUAAGCGUGAAUCGGCCGCUGCCCAUCGCCAUCAAGUACCUGUUCGAUUUCCUGGAUGAGCUAGCUGAGAAGCAUGGCAUCGAGGACCCCGAGACCCUGCACAUCUGGAAGACCAACAGCCUGUUACUGCGCUUCUGGGUGAACACGCUGAAGAACCCACAGCUCAUCUUCGACGUGCGCGUGUCGGACAACGCGGACGCCAUCCUCGCCGUCAUCGCCCAGACCUUCAUUGACUCCUGCACCGUGUCAGAGCACAAAGUGGGCCGGGACUCGCCAGUGAACAAGCUGCUGUACGCUCGGGAGAUCCCUCGCUACAAGCAGAUGGUGGAGAGGUACUAUGCUGACAUCCGCCAGAGCUCCCCUGUGAGCUUCCAAGAGAUGAACUCGGUGCUGGCGGAGCUCUCAGGGAAUUACACGUCUACACCUCACUGCCUGGAGGCACUGCAGGGCCUUUACAACCACAUCCACAGAUACUAUGACCAGAUCAUUGGUGCCCUGGAGGAAGACCCUGUGGGCCAGAAGAUGCAGCUGGCCUGCCGCCUGCAGCAGGUGGCCGCGCUGGUGGAAAACAAGUCUACCUCACCCCACACCCCCAAAGCAGGAAUUCUGAACACUUUCCUGCCUGUGAUCUGUCAUUCCCUGGAGGUGCAACCCCGGCACAACCCACAGUAUCCAGGGGCUACUCUAGAACCUGGUGGUCAGUCCUGGUCACGCUGAGGGACCAUGCCAUGCUGGCGAUGGAACCUGGAUCAGCAGGGGGCAAGGCCGGUGCUGUAAUCCCUAUGUUCU